UCGGUCCCUUUGUUAAAGAGUCACGGAAUUACUAGUACUCCACAUCACGCAGUGGCGAGCCCUAUAAAAGCUCUGCAGCACGGGCUCACCUCAGCACUUCCAUCACCAUGAGGGCGACAGUGGCAGCUCUUCUCCUGUGUCUUGUGGUAUCAGCAUGCCGCAGCCAAGAGACUCCACCUGGCCCUCCUGGACCAACUGAGGGGCCACAACCAACUGGUCCUCCAGGCCCACCAACCGGAGGUCCUGAUCCAACUGGUCAACCUACUGGAGGUCCUGAACCAACUGGACCACCAGGUCCACCAACUGGAGGUCCUGAACCAACUGGAGAGCCCCAACCAACUGGUGGGCCUGAACCAACUGGAGGCCCCCAGCCAACUGGCGAACCUCAGCCUACUGGAGGACCUCAACCUACUGGACCACCAGCGCCGCUUAGCCGUAUUUGGCGUGGUGUUUUCUAGUGAUGCAAGAUUAGCGCACCUGGAAACAUUAAAGGAUUUCAACUCUUUGUAGCUGAAGUUCGCCGAAUUAAUUGAUGGAAGUGUUCUUAUGAAACAUAAAAAUUAAUUCUGAUUAAACCAGCAAUGAAAAAGCU